AUGAUGCAAACUCCGACAGACAAUAUAAUCUCUCCAUUUAACAAUUAUGGCAGCUCAGCUCAAUACAAUACGUCGUUAAAAACUCCUAGGCAAGUUACAGAUAUUGAAAGGCCAAAUACACUAUCGCCGUUGUCGAGAGGGAAGAAAUGGACAGAAAAACUGGCCAGAUUCCAGAGGAGCAGUGGCAAGAAAAAACGAUUUUCGCCUUCUCCUGCUUCGUCUUCCACCUUUUCCUUUUCUCCUAACUCGAGAAUCAGUUCCUCGAAAUCUUCUGGUAAAGAAGAGGGCGAUUUACUAAGCACGCCCUCAUCCGUUCUCACUGAACAUCUACCACAACAUCCCCACAGAACAUCUUCUUUACCAAGACCUAAUUCUAAACUAUUUUAUACAAGCCAUACUGACUUGUCUCGAGCCAGUGAGCCUCCGGCCGAGGAAAGCGUUAAUUUUUAUACGUCACAUAAUAUACCACCCAAGGUUGCUCCUUUUGGUUAUCCAAUUCCAAGAACUUCGAGCAAAAAAUCCUUUCUGAAUGAAACCUGUACGCUUUGUGAUGAACCCAUCUCUAGCAGAAGAAAGGGAGAAAAGGUUAUAGAGCUUAUAUGCGGACAUUUAAGCCAUCAGGAAUGUCUUAUCAUAUCAUUUGGCAAUACUUCAAAGGCAGAUGUAGGGGAACUCUUUCCCCCAUGUACGAAAUGUAAAGAGGAUGCUAACAAGGCUGUUCAGUGCAUACCGAAGAACGAAGAAUUAAAAGAUAUGCUUAUUUCAGAUUUCUUAAUUAACAAAGUCCCAGAUUCAGAGCUACCAUCUACACCGCAGUCUCAACUCCCUCUUCCUUCACCGUUACUCCCUCCUUUUGGGUUAUCAUAUACACCAGUUGAAAGACAAACCAUAUAUUCGCAGACUCCAAAUUUAGGCCCAAAUCUUAUAUUAGCCGCUCCUCCAAAGGACAGGAAUCAAAUUCCACAAAUGUAUUCAAAAAAACCAUUUUUACACUCUUCCCCGAGUCAUAGAAGAACAACAUCGAGAGGGAGUUCUGUAUUUGCUACAACAUCUGUAAUAUCAUCUGCUAAUGACACUAUUUCCAUUACUUCGGAUUCUGUAUUAUCAAGGGAUGACGAAACCAAAAUUCCACUGCCACUUUUAAGGUCAUAUUUUAUUCAAGUACUUCUAAACAACUUUCAUGAAGAACUAAAAGAUUGGAUAAUAGAUGCGAACUACGGCUUACUACGGCUGGUAGACAAAUUGAUGGUUUCAAAAGAUGGCCAAACAUACCUUCAAUGUUGGUGUUUCUUAUUUGAAAAUGCACUUAUAACAGCAAGAUUGAACGGCGAAGAAGAAGAUGUUCUGGAAAUUAAACUAAAUGAAUUAGAAAUAUAUACACCAAUAAGUGAUUUGAGAAUGACGACGCUGGAGGCUUCAGUUCUUAAAUGUACCUUAAGUAAAGAAAAUUGUCCCAAUCCGGUAGACCUUUACAUCAUCGAAAAGAUAAAUUCAAACGAAAGCACAACAGUACAAAAAUGGAUAUCGGCCUUAUUGAACCAUGAUUUUGUAUUUGAUGAGAAAAACAUCACGUCGACAUUACCUACUCUUCCAAUCCUAAAGAAUUUUUCAGAUGUUGCAGAUGGCGACAGGUGCGAGACAAGCACCUUCCUAGGCUUAAUCAAGCCUAACAAAGUUGUCGAGGUUAGCAAUAUGGAUCACGAUAAUGAUACGGUAAUCAUAAGGAGAGGAUUCACUUUAGAUCCCACCGAAUCGUCUAGACAGAGUACAGUCGAUACCAUACAAUCCGUUUUAACUACAAUUAGCUCAAUUCUUUCAUUAAAACGUGAAAGACCCGAUAAUUUGGUAAUAAUUUUACAGAUUGAUUUCAAUAAAUUAAAAGAAAAAGAAAGCUCAACUAUUAUUUACAACAGUCUGAAAGCGUUAAUGCUCAAAUUUUCUCGUCUGCAAUUUUGUUUCGUUGAUCGGAGCAAUUAUGUAUUAGACUAUGGAUUUGUGUCACACAAAGUAGCUUCAUCGGAUGCCAUUUCAAAAUUGGAGUCAGAGCACUCUUCAACACAGUUCUCUUCUCUUUGGUUAAAGGAUGUUUUAUAUCCCAAGACUAUUCAUGAGCAUCUAGGUAUUAUAGCCGUAUCAAAUAAUAGCAUGGAAGCAGAGAAGUCUAUAUUAUUUCAAGAUUACAAAUGCUUCACAAGUAUUGGAAGAAGACGGCCUAAUGAAUUAAAAGUGAAAGUAGGUUAUUUGAAUGUAGAUUACAGCGACAAGAUUAACGAACUUGUUGAGGUUGGUUCUUGGAAUUUUGUUCUAGAAACUCUUUGUUAUAGUUUCAGUCUAAGCUUUGACGAAGACGACGACGACGACGAUAAUUCGACUGAAGACGAAUUUGAUAGAAGCUCAUUAUCGGAUGUUGAGUCUACGACUACUAUUCAUAUCGACUCUCCAUUUGGUGACGAAAACCUUACAGGAAAUCUAUCAGGUGACAGAAAUUCCAAUGAUGACAGUGAGUACCACAAUUGGACAAAGCCAGAGGUUAUUGGUCCUGCAGCACAAUCACCAUUAGUCUCCAAUAUUAGACUUUCACUUUAUUCUAACGGAGAAGACAUUAGUGAAAGUGAGACUGACGCAUCUCACUUGUUGCUUAAUGAUAUAGAUAGAAGGAUCGGCGAGAUGAGAAGGCGCGGUUCGUUUUCGAGUCUAAUGGAAAAUGGAAACGAUACCCAUCCACUCCAUAUAGAUUAUAUUUAA